AUGGCAGGCGUUCCCGGCUUCGUUGGGUUCUCCCUAAACGAAGAUGUCCCGUCAUCUUUCGCUAAAAGACAAAAUGGCUGUGUAAAGUGCGAGAGUGGUGCGCCGACGUGUCCCAGUUGUGCCGACGAUGAAAUAUGCCAAUUUAGUGUUCAGACCUGCACUGAAUGCCCUCAGGCCUUCUGUUUAAAAGAUCCAACCGCCGAUACUACCGCUCCCCAAGUCAGUAAAGGACCGAAUUCUGGUGCGAUUGCGGGUGGCGUGGUGGGAGGCUUGACUGCUGUCGCAAUUAUCACUUAUUUAGUCUGGAGGUUCUGUAUCAAGAGUAAGAGGUCUCAAUAUGAACCAGAGCCGUGGCAAGGAGACGUAGAGCAUACGAAGGAGGCUAUGAGUAUGCCAAAUGAGUUGGAUGGCUCAGGCCGAUCGAAACGAGCAUCGACACAUACCGUACACUCUAUCGCAUCUACCGUCCUAACCCGCGCUUCGAACAUUAUCCAGAUCGCAUAUAUUCCUGGAGUAACUAACCGAGCUACGCCAACAUCGCCAACUCUACUUGUUCCUCCAGUACCACCGAUUCCUAUCGCGCACUCGGACAGCGGCAGCAAUUCGCCCUUUGACGAACAGCGUUUCUUCGUUCCUGGCGACCUUCGAGACUCGACGUACUCGGGCAUAUCCGGUUACAGUGACCGUUCAUCAGUUGCCCGGACGUCAUAUGCUCCACGAUCGAGUGUUGCAUCUACUAUAUAUGGAAAGAACGCCGUUAUUUCCCCUCUCCCAGCUCAGAAGGGCAAUUUUCUCAAACCGUCUAUCAUCAGCGUUAAGUCGCGCGCUCCUAGCAGUAACAGCGGCAGUUCAACGCCGCCUGUACCAGCUGUCGACUACGAAAAAUACGAUCAACCACCUGCUUCUCCAGCCUUCAGUAUUGGCGCUACCUUUUUCAAAAACGCCAGCGCUUCAACGGCGACUGCUGUGCGGCCUCAAAUGGUCCGUGUUGGCAGCGGACCCAAGACAGUUGAUGUAAAAUCGAAAUCUUCCCCCGACACUAUUGAGGAGUCCGAUAACCCACACAAGGAGAGAGAGUCAAAUGCGGUGACAAUAAUUGAGGAUACGCCGGUUGUAGAUCAGGGUCCCUUUGCAGAUCCACCUAGCCGUGGGAACAAAAACAACAGCUCCCUUAGUGCAGUAAUGGGAGACUCGAACAGAAGGGUCGACAGAAGCAAAUCCUUGACAGGGCGAGACGGCAGCCCGUUCGGCGACGAAAAUGCCUUACGAGAAUAA